AUGAGUAGUAGCAGCUGGCGAUUAAGAUUUCGCUAUGUGGAAUACCAGUUUGAAGCCCUCAGGCGCUGUCCUCGGACUGAAUACUAUCUUGAUAAAUACCUGCAGUCAUUGCCGCGUGAUCUGGACGAAACUUAUGAGCGCAUGCUGGGCUGGGCUGACGAAGAUUAUACUUAUGGUGCCCGACGGAUUCUAGCUCUAUUAUGCUACUCCUAUCGACCUCUUUCGAUAGCAGAACUUGCGGAUGCAUAUGCGGUUAAUAUCGAGAAGCUACAGCUUAAUCCUGGGAAUCGGCUGCUAGAUUUCGACGGCAUCAAGAUAAUGUGCAAAGGAUUUGUUGAGUUCUCGGUUAGUAGCACUCCGAUUAAUGAGGAAAGAGCGAGUAUGAACGCUUGGCUUUCUCAUCCAUCCGUCCAGGAAUACCUUAUGUCGGACUAUAUUUGGCCACAGAAUGGUCGGACAGAUCCACUACGAGUUGAGAAUGGGCAUACCCUUCUAUCAAAGGUCUGCCUCACAUAUCUCCUCAAAAUGAGCCCUGAGGAGGUGAACCAAAAUGAGUCAACCACUGAUUGGCCGCUCGCUCGUUAUGCUGCUCAAUAUUGGUACCAUCACUACGAAAGGGCUGGAGACAUGAGAUCGCAUGUUGACCCAUUGAUCUUGAAGCUUUUCAAAGAUACCAGAGGCUCUUUCAUAAACUGGAUAAAAUUUUGGGAUGCGGACGAAAAGGCAGGUGGCACCGGCGAAACGCUGGCCACUCCAGCUAGAGCUGCAACUCCAGUAUACGUCGCUUCGUUUCUAGGGCUUCACUGGCUUUUAGAAUACCUUCUAGCUGGCGAAAAGGGAGAAAAUUGCGGAACAGCGACCCUUGUCAACGAAGAAAGUGGAUGUCUUGGGAAUGCUCUCCAGGCCGCGUCAUUCAAUGGCCAUGAGGCCGUGGUGCAUACUUUAUUGCAAAAAGGUGCUCAUGUUGACCAGCAGGGGGGUCGUUUCGGCAACGCCCUUCAGGCCGCAUCGGGGGAAUACGUCAAUUCUUUAUUGGCAGCAUCGUACAACGGACAUCUCGAGGUUUUCCGCAUGCUGCUCAAUAGUGGCGCUGACACUAGUGCUCAGCUGAGUGGUAUCGGAAAUGCGCUUCAGGUUGCAUCCUGGAGGGGUCAUACGGAGCUCGUCAAGAUUAUGUUAGAGAAAGGUGCUGAUAUCAAUGCCAUUGGGGGACGUUUCGGCAAUGCACUCCAAGCUGCAUCAUUAAAAGGCCACGAAAGAACUGUGCGAUUGUUAUUAGAAAAGGGCGCGGAUACCAACAUCCAAUACGGAAAGCUUGGAAAUGCCUUACAGGCUGCUUCGUGGCGAGGGCACCAGAAUGUGGUGCAGAUGUUGCUGGAUAGCGGUGCUAGGGUCAAUACCUUGCACGGGCAAUACGGAAGUGCCCUUCAAGCAGCCUCACUAAAAGGCCAUGGAGACGUCGUACGGUUACUGCUAGGGAAGGGAGCAGAUCCGAAUUUAUGCGGAGGUGAACAUGGCAGUGCAUUAAUAGCUGCAUCCCACAAUGGCCACGAGAAGAUAGUGCAGAUGCUGAUAAAUAGAGGAGCGGAUGUCAAUUCUCAAGCAGACAGUAGCAAUGCAUUCGCAGCAGCCCUAUCGAGAGGUCACCAAGUUGUCAUGCAGCUUCUAAUUGCCGCAGGAGCAAUGGAAUAA